AUGAUGUCCCCAUACGAACUUGGUUCCCAAAAGAGAACCUCUUCAGUUUUCAAACUGCUACUACAACUAUGCAAGCCAUCUCGGCGUUCAGGGGCUACGCAGAGAGGAAGAGACGGAAACGGGAGAAUGAUUCUGCAGCUGUUAUACAGAGGAAUUUUCGGAAGCACCUCCGCAUGGUGGGGAGCCGAAGGGUUAAAGCACAAACAUUUGCCGAACGGCGUGAGAGGAGCUUCAGCAGGUCCUGGAGUGACCCGACUCCCAUCAAAGCUGAUUCCUUCCAUGACUCUCGAGAAAGCCAUGACCUUCAGGAUUCCUGCGGCACUUUGGAUGGUGACUUUGAUUUGAACUGGGAAGCAGAAAAGGAGCUUGAAGCCAUGGCGUGUGACGGAGAAGACUUUAUUCCACCAAAAAUAAUGCUCAUUUCUUCCAAGGUGCCCAAAGCAGAGUAUGUCCCGACAAUUAUCCGCAGGGACGAUCCCUCUAUCAUCCCCAUUCUCUACGACCAUGAACAUGCCACUUUUGAUGACAUCCUAGAGGAAAUAGAGAAGAAGCUUAACAUUUAUCGGAAAGGCUGCAAAAUCUGGAAGAUGUUGAUAUUUUGCCAG